ACAAACCUCUAACAUCUCAAGAGGAGCCUUCGAUAUGCGCAUCAUCAAUUGUAACGGGCCGUUACGCUGUUUAUAGCAUCCGCUACUAAUAAGCAUAACAACCAAUAUAACGCGAUAAUAAUUGAGCAGCGAAUGGGACUGCUACACCACCUGUGGGACGACACGGUGGCCGGGCCUCUGCCGGACUCCGGCCUCGGGAGGCUCCGCAAGUCUUCGUCCUUUUCCCCUUCCUCGUCCUCCGCGGCGGCUAAGCGGCCUCCCGCCGCUCUCCAGGUCACCCGGAGCAUCACCAUCCUCCGGAGCGGCGGACCCCCGUCGCCGUCCAGCGCUGCUGGCUCCCCUCGCAGCGUCCCCGACUCCCCUGUUUCCGUUCCGACGCCGAGGGGAGAUUGGAAGAGGCUCCGGAGGAAGCUGGCGCCGGUGGUGGGCGAGGGAUCGGAGGCCGUCGAGCCGAGGAAGCCCACUGUCUAUGACUGAUUAAUUGAAUGAGAUCAAAUGAUCGAGCAGGGUGGUGAUAAGUGCUUUGGACAGAUGAAUCAGAGCUUGAAAAGUGGAAAAACUAAAGCACCUGCAGAGCUUUUACUAGUUGAUGAUGUAGAUUAUAACUUUGGUUGAGUUGUUUGGAGAAGUGAACUUCUGUAUGGUAUCAGAUUUUUAUGUGUUCAGAAAUAAGAAAAUUAUUAGGUCUUUCGAUCUUCAAA